AUGGCAUUUUACGAACGAAUUUUUCUACUUAUGUUAGUAGUUCCUUUGCGAUUGGAUGGCACCGUCGUACCAGCGACUGCACAAGUGAGUUUCGCCCGUUCUGGGGAUGUUAUCCUCGGUGCAACCUUCCCGUUCCACUCCUGGUCCACGACGCCGUGCGGUGGUGGACUCAGUCGGUGGGCAAUCGAGCUGUCGGAGACCUUCAUCUACGUAAUUAAUGAGAUCAACGGACGCGACGAUCUACUCAGGAACAUCACCAUCGGUUAUGAUAUCCGCGAUGACUGCUACUCGGAGAUAGCUGCAUUGUGGUCCGCUCUUGCCUUGGCAAGCACAUCGGAUAGAAACCAGACCUAUGUCGAUUUUAAGAAGAUAUCAUCCCCAGAAAGAGGCAAUCUCAUCGGGAUUGUUGGAACGGUUUCCAGUAGUACAAGCAUCCCAGCUGCCCAAGCCGCUAAUAUUUACCGCGUCCCAAUAAUCUCAGCCUUUGCGACGAGUAAUGAGCUGAGCGACAAGAGCAGGUUUCCAAACUUCCUCCGGACCGUCCCUCCAGACAAACUCCAAGCCUCAGCUAUCGUCGACAUCCUUCUCCGAUUCAAUUGGAAGUACAUCGGUCUCUACUUUGACUUUAGCAGCUACGGCAUCCAUGGAGCGCAAGAAAUACAGAAAAUCGCAGUGGAACGAGACAUCUGUCUUGCAUUUUCGGUACCUGUAAGGUCCAAUGCACCCAAAACGGAGAUGGACGAGGCAGUUCAGAAAGUAAACGUUUUCCCGAAGGUACAAGUUGUGGUCAUGUUCACCUCAUCGGAUGUUGCUGGUGCCAUCAUCAGCAACAUCAAUAAAGAAGUUCAGAAUCACUCUUUCACUUUCAUUGCAGGUGACGCAUGGGGCUACUUUAACACAUUGAAAGAACACGGAGUUGAAUUGGAAAGCGUUCGCGGAAGUAUUUUUCUCCGUUUGAAGUACCACAUCAUCCCGGGUUUCGAGGAAUACUUCCGUCAACUUGAAACUGAUCCUGAUACGAGCCAAAAAACUCCAUGGUUUAAUGACUUUCAGGUGGAACAGAUGCAGGAAAAAGCCUGCUCCCGCUUAACAGAUUGUCCUAUACGACUCAACUCCAACGAUAACUUCGUUGUCGAUGCAGUUCUGGCCUACGCAUAUGCUCUGCAAAACUUGCUGGACGACCUUUGUGGGAAUGACACUUGUGCCGAGACAUUGCAAACUCUCACUGGUGACGAUCUUUUACCGUAUCUAAUGAAAGUCGAUUUUGAAGGAAUUGCGGGUCAUUACAGGUUUGAUAGCUCCGGUGAUCCAGGUGGGAUACUCCGCAUUCUAAACCUGCAGAGAGAUACGUCUGGUAAUUUUGAGUUUGUCGAGAUAGGCGAGUGGGACCUGGAAGAGGCAGAGCCCUUACGUUUGAACACACCAGCGGUACAGUGGGUCGGGACCCAGCCACCCACAUCACUUUGCGUCGACGUUUGCUCCUCUGGCUCCAUUGAAAUACCACUAGAGGAAAAGUGUUGCUUUGGCUGUCAACGCUGCCCUAUAAAUGCAAUCGUUGCUAAUAAGACCAUGUGUCAGGAAUGCCAGAAGGAUCUGUGGCCAGAUGAGACUUUUAAACAAUGUCUCCCGAUCAUCCCCAACCCGCCAGAUUGGAACGAUCCGGUGGUUGUUGUCAUUAUUGUCCUAUCUGUCUUUGGUCUGGCACUCUCCGCUCUCGCAGUUGCAGGUAUGUUCUUCUACCGUAAACACAUCCUAGUCAAGGCUUCAAGUCGAGAGCUGAGUAGUAUCAACAUCCUGGGACUCGCCUUGGCUUUUGUUUCUCCAUUCUUGCUUCUUCUACCCCCGACGUAUGUUUCAUGUAUGUCGUCAGAGAUAGUGGUGUCUUUGUGCAUCACCCUGACGUAUGCUCCGACGCUCCUGAAGGUAAACCGGAUCCACAGGAUCUUCGAGGCGGGAAAGAAGUCCAACAAGCGCCCUCGGUUCAUCGGUCCACGGGUCCAGAUUGUCUUCGCACUCGUUGCUUUCAUCAUCGCGAUUGUGAUCAGCUUCAUCGGAGCUCUAAUCAGCCCGAGUACACCCGAGAAACAGUACUUCAUCCCCGCUACCGGCUACAUCGAAACCUUUUGCAAAUUCGGUUACGGUUUCCUGGCAUCGAUUGCGUACAACCUCUUGAUAAUCUUGACCUGUUGCUACUACGCAUUCAAGGCCCGACGGGUACCAAGCAACUACAACGAAUCCAAGUUCAUCGCUUUGAGUGUUUAUUCCACACUGGUAUUUGGCAUGGCAGCGGUGCCCGUCUACAUCACUGCUGUGUUCACUCUGCAGAAGGUAGCAACGUUCUGUCUUGCGUUACUCCUGAACGCGUUCUUGACGCUCUUUUGCGUCUAUCUGCCUAAACUGUACGCCAUACGGUUUGAUGUCGAGGUAGAACUGUGUGAGUGGAAGGCGAGCACGUCUGUGUCUGCCGUGGUCACUAACACUCAGCAGAGGAUCCUGGUCAAACCAGCGGCAGGCGCUAUGCCCUCUGCUUCCGGUUUUCAUUUCCAUCGUUGGUACUUUCGUGGACCCCACAAAGCCAGCAAAGCUCAGUUUCUUUCCACCGACCAAUUACAUCGAAGCUUAUUGCAAGUUCGGCUACGGUUUCCUGGCAUCGAUUACGUACAACCUCCUGUUGAUCUUGGCCUGUUGCUACUAUGCAUUCAAGGCCCGCCGGGUACCAAGCAACUACAACGAAUCCAAAUUCAUCGCUCUGAGUGUUUAUUCCACACUGGUAUUCGGCACGGCAGCGGUUCCCGUCUAUAUCACCGCUCAGUACACACUCCAGAAGGUGGCCACUUUCUGCGUCGCCAUCUUGCUCAACUCCUUUUUGACGCUGUUCUGUGUCUACUUGCCGAAGUUGUACGCCAUUCUGCUCGGCAAAGAUGUGGAGCUGUGCGAAUGGAGAGCCAAUACGGGAUCGACCGAUGUGGCUGGUGGUACAACAACCUCGGCGGCAUCUCGACGCGGCACUGCCCAAGUACAACCGGCUCCCGAGGAGGUCAAACAGGUCACGGACCAGGACAAAGAAAAAUAGGCCGCGUCCGAAUUAUCGGCUACAGCUACGGCUACGGCUAGAUUUCUGCGUCAUCAUGCGUUGAAGUAUUAGCAACACACUUAGCAACAGUCGUAGUCUUAGCUGUAGCCACCGAUUCGUAUACGGCCGGCUAUUGAUCCGGUGUUAGUUAUGUCCAAGUGAAAUCUGUCCGCUGGAGAUUUUGUCCCCUAUUAUGGGAAAUUAACGCGGCCGGGCUCGAGGUGGAGGAUUGAAAAGAGGGGCUACCAGAACUGGUUUGUACACAGUUUGCAUGCCGUAUACGGGAGGGCAGAAAUCUCCGGGGACAGAAUCUCAUGCCACACCGACCGGCUUUCGUAACUCGUAAACGCUCUCAUUGGAUGGUUCGUAAACGUAAAGGGCGCUUUAUAGUCAGUCGCGCGAGGGUCACCCGAUGGAAAUCUUGACGCGCAAUCAUAAAAAGACACAGUUUUUAGGCCUCAGUCUU